CUGCGUUCAGGGCCAGCAGCCUUCCUGCUUCCUUCCCCUUUGUAAGAAUGGGUUUCAGGUUACUGUAUGUGCAGAGGUCCAGUCUAGACACAGCAAAACUGAUGCAAAUAGUCCAGACUCACCAGAGGGUUGAAUGCAUCUGCUUUGUCUGCACCAUUCAGCAUUUUCCUUGCAAAGUUAAACGUGUGGACCAGAGCUAAUGAAGCGUCAUGAUCUCCAGCCAACGUGGAACCAGCUGCAGUAAAUGAGGCUCCUCGUGACCAGAGUGGAUUCCUCCUCUGUCCUGCAGGUCCAGAAGGAUCAAGUUGUUCCCGUCUACAUCAUCAACGUCCUCCUUUCUGACCUGAUUCAGCUCUGCUGCAUGGUGGUUGAAGUGUCGCUUCAGCCGCUCAACUCCGACCUCUUCUUCUUCGUCUACUACUUCGGUGUGGUGGCCGGCGUGGGCUUCAUGGUGUGCGUGGCUCUGGAGAGGUACCUGGUGGUGGCCUGGCCGCUGUGGUACCGCUUCAGACGAACGCUGGGCGUCUCGCUGGCGGUCUCUGCCGUGGUCUGGACUCUUCCUCUGCUCUACAUCCUCCCUGUGCAUUUCCAGGCGGACUUUGUCGUCAGUGAAACCAUUCUGGCCGUGGUCUUCCUGCUGCCCUACCCGCUGCUCCUGUUCUUCCUCGGCGGGACCCUCAGAGCCUUGUACACCUCCAUCAGCGUCCCUGCUGCUGAAAAGCGGAGGAUUGUGGCGGUUCUGGUUCUGGUGGUGCUCAUUUACACGCUGAUUUUCCUGCCCAGUGCCAUUUGGUCGCUGGCAGAAGAUGCCAGAAGUAACAACACCUUCAGCGAUUUGUCCUUCACUAUAAUCAAGUUCAGUCCUUUGGCCGACUUGUUCCUGUAUGUUUUCCUAAAGCAGGGAGGACUCGGGGACAAGCUUCUGGCCUUUGUCUGUUGCACAAUGGAAAGAAAUGGCAUCAGUAGAUCAGCAUGAAAGGAAACAAGACAUAAGUUACAAUUCAACUGUUAACAUGACUGAGUUUGAGUAGAUGGUUCUACUGUAAUAAACAUCAGUGUUUGUCUUUGUUGUGUGGGUUCUGUUAAAUCUUACAACAGCAGCUCACAGUGGAUGAGGUCAGACAUGCUGCUUCCUGUGGUCGCGCCCCCUUUGUCUUAACUGUAAACAAACAGGAAACCACAGUGUCACAGCAAAGAGCCCAACGGUGAAUGUGCAGCGCUGCGUCUACAGACAGAGCUCUGUAAAAGAUGGAGUAAAUGCUGGACGCCAUCACUUAUGUUUAUGUCAAUGCAUCACAGAGAAGCACGAAUCACUGCAUCCUCGAGAAAAGCACUGCAGACAUUUACACUGCAGCAUGUAUUUGCCUCAUAUUCACCCAGCACUCAUAGAAGCU